AUGUACUCUCCUCAACUCCUAGUCGCCACCCUCAUCGCCGCCAGCGCUGCCUUGACAGGUGCCAUCAGCCUACAGCCACGCCAAUCCUCCUUGGCGUGCAACCUGGCCCGCUUCCAAAUCGUCAAGGCCAUUAGCGACACCAAGAGCGCCGUCGCCGACAUUCAGGACCCGACGGUGCAGUCGGCCGCGGCCGCGGGCGUCAAGACGGCCCAGGGCGGCGUCGCCCAGGUGGCCUCGUCCCUCUUCUCGGGCGCCGCCCCUUCUGCAGACGGUCGUGAUGCCGUCGAGAGCGGACUCAAUGCGACGAGCGCUGCUCUUGCGGGCGGUGAUGCGUAA